GAUCGAGAUUCAGCCAAGAAUGUAGCAGUGUGUGGGCUGUGGGAUGGCCUUAAACAAGAUCUCUACUAUGUGCGCAACACCAGCGAGUGCAAUAGAAGUAUAGAAAGUUUCGUGUACAUAGCAUUAAAGGUACCCAACAAAGAGCCAUGGCUCAAGCCAAAAGCUGGGUUCUGAAGCAGCACUUUGAGGGCUUUCCCAAAGACUCCGACUUUGAGCUUAAACUAGAGCAGCUCUCUGAGCCCAGAGAUGGAGAGGUUCUUUUGGAGGCACUGUUCCUUAGUGUGGACCCUUACAUGAGACCAUACAGUCGUGUUCGAAUGCAAGAAGGAGACGUGAUGAUCGGAACUCAAGUUGCCAAGGUGAUUAAAAGUAAUAAUCUUUCAUUUCCUGUGGGCUGCCAUGUGGUUGGUCAAUGUGGUUGGAGAACACAUACUGUGUCAGAUGGGAGUGAUCUCACCAAAAUCUUGGAUGACUGGCCUCAAGAUGUCCCCCUCUCCCAUGCCAUCGGAGCCAUUGGCAUGCCAGGGCUGACUGCACUCUACGGUUUGGAGGAGGUCUGUGCCAUCAAAUCAGGAGAAACCUUACUGGUGAAUGCAGCCGCAGGGGCGGUGGGCUCUGUAGCCGGUCAAAUUGCCAAACUUAAAGGCUGCAAGGUUGUGGGUUCCGCAGGAAGUGAUAACAAGGUGGCAUACCUGAAGGAGCUGGGCUUUGACCAGGCCUUUAACUAUAAGACUGUCUCCUCACUGGAGGAAGCACUGAAGAAAGCUUCACCUGAAGGAUACGACUGCUACUUUGAGAAUGUGGGUGGCCCUUUUUCGAGUGUUGCUAUUCCGCAGAUGAAGGCUUUUGGGCGUAUUGCUGUUUGUGGAGGAAUAUCACUCUACAAUGAUACCACCCCACAAACAGGUCCUUAUCCACACAUGCACAUGAUUUUUAAGCAGCUGAAAAUGGAAGGUUUCUUGGUGAGCAGGUGGGAACAUAAAAAUGAGGAGUCUCUAAAGCGAAUGUUGACCUGGAUGCAAGAGGGAAAACUGAAGUGUAAGGAACAUGUCACUGUUGGGUUUGAAAACAUGCCCGCUGCUUUUAUGGGGAUGCUCCAGGGGGAAAACAUUGGGAAGGCUGUCAUUAAAGUCUGAUGUCAAGUGUUUCAGUGGUUUACUCAUAUUACAACGUUAUUUUUGGCAUAGAUUUUGCAUUAAUAAUGUUGUGUCCUUUAAUUUGGUUUACAAGUAAAGUUGAUUUUUGUAAAUGAGUGUCACAUUUUCCUCCUCCGCUAGGACAAAUAUGCACAAAGCAGAAAUAAAAUGGUUUUUUUUUUUUCCUAAUAUAAGCAUAUAAAAGAUUUUUAUGCCAAAAUUAAAAUAUAUGUCUAUUAACUCUUAAA